AUGCCAUUGCAUACGGUCGCACUAGGUGCGGCCCUAACUCCGACGGUUCUUCAUACUCUAGUCAGUCAUUACCUGAACCGCAAGUCGUUGCACAACAAACCUUCCGUGCAUAUCACAUAUGAUGAAGGUAUCCAAAUUGUCCGGUCAUUCUUGCAAUAUGCGUCCAAGCACCCCGUCGAAGAUCUCCAGGCUUUCACUCGACAAUGGGUGCCAAGCCCCCAUUGGGUGAGAACCGAAGCGGUCACAAUCCCCUCCGAUGUCGUGUCGUCCGCCGCAGACGCAGUCACCAAACAGCUUGGUCCGAAAGGUAUCAUACGGGUUGGAGGAGAGAAAUGGUGGCAAUGGCGUGGGCCAGCGGAAGACCUGAAGGGGGAGUGGAUUGAAAUGCGAAACCACUAUAACGAGACGAAGAAGGCCAAUAAGCGGUGCAAUCGCGUGAUGUUGUAUAUCCACGGAGGAGCCUACUUCUUCGGAAGCGUGGAUACUCAUCGGUAUAUGAUGCAACGGCAUGCGCGAAAGCUCAAGGCUCGAUUGUUUGCGCCGGAAUACCGACUAUCACCGCAAUUCCCAUUCCCGUGUGGCCUACAUGACUGCUUGGCAGCGUACCUCUGGCUCUUGAAGUCUCAUGAACCCAAGGAAAUAAUCAUCGCUGGCGACUCUGCGGGUGGAGGUCUGGCGCUGUCAAUGCUGGUCAUCAUGCGAGACCAAGGAAUUCCUCUGCCUGCAGGGGCCAUUCUCAUAUCUCCUUGGGUUGACUUGACACACUCUUUCCCUAGUAUUGUCGAGGAUAACCCAGGAGAUUAUAUUCCGCCCUAUGGGUUCCGUCAUAAACCCUCAACCGCAUGGCCUCCUCCCAAUGCAGAUGAUGUUUUGAAGAUGAAGAAACUGGCCCAGCAGGAAAAGGUCACCCAUGAAGACGUGAACAAUGCCAUCCCUGCACCAAAUAGUUCUGCUGAAGAAACUGCUGUCCGGGGUUACACUGUCCACGAGAAUACUCCUCCACCAGCUGAUCCUGCAUACCCCGGUCAGCAGCAAACCCCUAACCCCGGCUCAUUGCAUGCCGAGCCUGACAAUAUCCAUGUCGUUUUAGAUGGGAAGACUGUUGAACUGAAAGACCAAAUUCAGAUGUAUACGACGAACCAACUCAUGUCCCAUCCACUUGUUUCUCCAGUUCUUCAGCCAUCUCUGGGUGGGCUGCCUCCACUGCAAAUAUUGAGCGGUGGUGGUGAGAUGCUUCGCGAUGAGCAGUUCUACAUCGCCCACAAGGCUGCAAACCCAACAGCGUACCCGCCUGGUGAUGUAUAUCUUGACGAGCAUGAUCCAACCAGGGAGACCUUGAAGAAAUAUAAGCCAACCUAUGUGCAACUUCAAGUCUGGGAUCAUUUGUGCCAUGUGGCACCAACCUUGAGCUUCACUCAACCGGCCAAGUACAUGUUCCGUUCAAUUGCUCAAUUUGGAUCUUGGGCGCUGGCUCGUGCGCAGAAUGGUCAAAUAGAGAUUGAAGAAGACAUCCCCUUGUCCCCGGUCUCGUCGAGUAGCUCCGAAGGUGAUCAAUCAUUGGGGCCCGAGACUGCCUUGAACAAGCCAGCUACAGGCCCAGGCCCAGAGUCUGUUGGUAGAGCCGGGGACCCCCUUCCAGCAUUCCAAGACCAUAUGAUUCGUCAACGAAUUGACAAACAAGGUCAAGCGUUCCCACUCGACCCCCCAUCAUCAUACCCUGUUUUGGAUAUUCCAGCCUCGCAAGUUGGUGCGAUCAACCCGGAACUCAUCCGCAAGUGGCUUGAAGCAAAGCAAGAAUGGGACAUCAGGUUCUCCAAAGAGAAGCUUCGUGUUCAAAGUCGGCGAAUGAAAGAGCUUGCUCACGGCUUCCAAGACUUCGAUGGGGAAGUUCCUCCCCCAAGCUCACUUGCGGCCCGUCGAUCCGCCCCUGGUGUACUCCCCAAGCCUCGCGCCAAGAAGAAUUAUGGCAUGAUGAUGUGGAGUGGCUGGGGAAGCAAGCAUGAUGAGCGUGAAAUCGAAAAGCAGUCACAGGCGCAGCAGUCUGGCCGACGUUCUACUCGUGCUAGCGUCGAUGCCAGCCAAGCCGGUGCAUGGUCGAGCACGCCCGCGCUUAACUCACAAAAUGGAAUUGCAGAGAAAGGUAGCAUCAAAGCCAACCAGCAUGCCGGUCCCUCCGGCAUAACCUGGGACGAAAAGGGCCACCCCAAUGCGGGUGACUCCUCCGAUGGGCGCGCAUCUCUAGAGGCGCCCUCGCGAGCAUCAGAGCAAACCAACUCCGCUCCCAUUCUUAUACUACCCGAAGUAAACAACCACAAACUGAGGGACGACAAUGCCAGCACAAGAGCCCUCUUCCAUGCCGCGGGUUCUCUGCCAAUGAAGUCGGACAUUUCUCUUGCUCAAAGCAGAUACCGGCCAUCAUCAGCCGCAGGCUCUCUCACGGGUCGAAGCGAACUCGUGUCUGACACAGCCAGUACAGUUGGAGGCGACAAAGACUCUGUCGCGUACACGAACAUGGCAUCUGAUUCAGCUAGUACUCGUGCUGUCAUGGGGGCGAGAGGCAUCUCCGCCCAUGUCAUGGCUGGUGAGAGCGGCCGUCGCUCCACAGACACUCUUUCCGUGUUCUCCGCGGCUGGUCGUGAUUCAACAUCGCAUCGCCCCGAGAUGCCCGACAGGGAUGUUUUCAAGACAGCCGAGGAAGUACUGUAA